AGAUUUAUAGUGUUCUUGUCUUCUACUAGAAUUGGUCCCAGCUUCACUGGUAAUGGAUCUUGGGGUGACAGAGUUGGAGCAGUGAUAAAGUCACGUGUGGAGAGUGCAGGUCACGAGGUGUCAAUGUGGGAUCCUAAAGUUCUCAACUUCCCUUUAUUACAACAACCUAUUCAGAUGAUAAAAGACAAGAGUACUGUACCACAAUGGAUGAUGGACCGGAAAAAGGAAAUUGAGCAAGCUGAUGGUUUCAUAGCAUGUUCAGCAGAAUACAACUGUGCUAUACCGCCUGCUUUGGCCAACAUGCUCGAUCACUUUCCACCUGCUUCGUUCAAACACAGACCUAUCGGGUUAGUCACGUACAGUAUGGGCUCUGGAGGUGGACUAAGAGUACAAACACCUUUAAAAGCCAUGGUCACGGACAUUGGUAUGUUUACUGUUCCGGCCUCCGUCAAAGUAGACUUUGUUAACAAGAAGUUUGAUGAGAACGGGUCCUGUAUCGACAAGAAUAUGGUUGACUACAUAGACCGGAUGGUUGCUGAAACUACUUGGUACGCUCAAGCUAUCAAGAAUCACAAGCAAACGCACGGCCUCCCAAGCAUCAGCUCUUAAAAACUCCUAAGAGACUAUAUCAAACAUUGAUACCAUACCUGUUGUAUUUGAAGCAGAGAUAAUAUUUUAGAUUAAAUGCAUUUUAUAAAAUUCGAUAGUUUAUGAUUCAAAAUUUAUAGUUUUAUUUGAGAUUAUACAUUAUAUGAUUGAUUGAUCCGCUGAAAUUUUCUUGUAUUUUUAUGAUGUCGCACUUUUGACCCAUAAGUUAUUUAAACCUUCAUGAUAUUGUCCAUUAUGUUGAAUUGUUUGACUUCUGUUUUAAGAAUGUAUCCUUUACAUGACUGAACAUCGAACGACUCUACUUGACUCUGAAAGAUUUUAUAAUGUUGUCAUGUUUUUGUUAUAUUGAUUAUUGAAGUUUAUAUCAUAUUCUAUUCAUGAGAUAUAUUGCAUUUCUUCUGUCCAACAGAUCUAACUUUUACUAUGACAGAAACACAACAG